AUGGGGACGGACUGCACGAUUACUAUAUCCCCUGUCCAUCUUGACCCCAGCAACAGAGAGAAAGAUCGCGACCUCCAGGUCACCUCUCUGAACCACAAGUACUUCCGUACCCAUCUUGAGGAUGCCUUGUCUCUGGGACGCCCUCUCCUGCUAGAAGAUGCUGAGGAGGAACUUGACCCAGCUCUUGACAAUGUCUUGGAAAAAAAUUUCAUCAAAUCAGGUUCAACAUUCAAAGUCAAAGUAGGAGACAAAGAAUGUGAUGUGAUGAAUGAUUUUUACCUGUAUAUCACCACCAAACUGCCAAACCCUUCCUACACUCCAGAAGUGAGUGCCAGGACAGCCAUCAUCGACUUCACUGUCACUAUGAAGGGUUUAGAGGAUCAGCUACUAGGUCGUGUCAUCAUGACAGAGAAAAAUGAACUGGAGGCUGACCGUGCCAAACUCAUGUUAGAUGUUACAGUGAACAAGAGGAAGAUGCAGGAAUUGGAGGAUAAUCUUCUGUACAAACUCACCAGCACUAAGGGCUCACUGGUGGACGAUGAGUCCCUCAUACAAGUACUGUCCAACACCAAGGUCACUGCAGCUGAGGUCAGUGAGAAAUUGACUGUGGCUGCAGAAACUGAGAUCAAGAUCAAUGAAGCCAGAGAGGAGUACAGACCCGUGGCCACACGAGGUAGUAUCUUGUAUUUCCUCGUCUGUGACAUGAGUAUGGUCAACAAGAUGUACCAGACUUCCCUCAAACAGUUCCUUGGCCUAUUUGACAUCUCUAUGCAAAAAUCUGAGAAAAGCCCAGUACCAGCCAAGAGGAUCAACAACAUCAUAGAGUUCCUGACAUAUGAGGUUUUCCGUUACACCUGUCGUAGUUUAUAUGAGGAGCACAAGUUCCUCUUCACACUGCUUGUUACCUUCAAAAUCAACAUACAGAAGGGACAGGUUAGACCCAAGGAGUUCCAGACAUUCAUCAAAGGUGGUGCUGCAUUGGAUCUGAAUGCUGUCACUCCAAAACCAGCACGGUGGAUCAUGGACAUGACAUGGCUCAAUCUCGUACAGCUCAGCGGACUCCCUCAAUUCAGUGAGAUUCUAAAUCAGGUAUCCCGCAACGAAAAAGGAUGGAAAGCAUGGUUUGAUACCGAGGCUCCAGAGGAGGAGCAGAUCCCAGACGGUUACAGUGCUUCACUUGAUUCCUUCCGCAAACUGCUGCUCAUCAGAUCCUGGUGUCCAGACAGAACCAUUCCUCAGGCCAGAAAGUUUAUUGGGGACGCAAUGGGUUUGCAAUAUGCAGAAUCCGUCAUACUCAACUUAGAGGCAACAUGGCAAGAGAGUGACAACAGAACACCCCUCAUAUGUCUACUGUCUAUGGGCUCCGACCCAACCAACCAGAUAGAAGGGCUCUGUAAGAAGCUAAAUCUAGAAUUCCGAGCUAUUUCCAUGGGACAAGGUCAGGAAGUUCAUGCCAGAAAACUAAUUAGUCUCUUCAUGCAGUCUGGUGGGUUCGCCAUGCUACAGAACUGCCAUCUUGGUCUGGAUUUCAUGGAUGAGUUACUGGAGACAAUUGUAGAGACCCAGCAAGUCCAUGAGGAGUUUCGAGUGUGGAUCACGACCGAGGUCCAUCCUGCCUUCCCCAUCAGUCUUCUACAGUCUUCCAUCAAAUUUACAAAUGAACCACCACAGGGCAUCAAGGCGGGUCUGAAGCGUACGUACGCAGGCAUCACACAGGACUAUCUAGAUAUCAAUACCUUGAUGCAGUGGAAACCUAUGUUGUUUGGAGUCUCCUUCCUUCACACAGUGGUACAGGAGAGGAGAAAGUUUGGGCCACUUGGUUGGAACAUUCCCUACGAGUUCAACUCAUCUGAUUGGACGGCCAGUGUACAAUUUGUUCAGAACCACCUGGAUGAUAUUGAUCCUAAAAAGGGUAUAUCUUGGACCACGGUGCGGUACAUGUUAGGAGAGGUACAGUAUGGUGGUCGAGUUACUGAUGACUAUGACAAGCGCCUCCUCAAUACAUUUGGAAGGGUGUGGUUUGGAGACUUCAUGUUCCUGGACAGUUUCCAGUUCUAUAUUGGAUACAAGAUCCCCAAAGUAAAGGGUAUUGAUGACACCAUGGCCUUCAUAGAAAACCUGCCAUUGGUCGACUCCCCAGAGGCUCUGGGCCUUCACACCAACGCUGACAUCACGUAUCAGACCAACUUAAGUACUUCUGUUCUGGAGACAAUGAUGAGCAUCCAGCCCAAGGACAGUGGUGGGGGAGCUGGGGAGACCAGGGAGAGCAUUGUAUACAAGAUGGCGUCAGACAUGCUUAGCAAACUACCAGGCAACUACUUACCACACGAGGUGCGUGAUCGACUGAGGCGUUAUGGACACCUGCAGCCCCUCAACAUCUUCCUCAAGCAGGAAAUUGACCGAAUGCAGAGGGUGAUCUAUGAAGUAAGAAUUACACUGACAGAUCUCAGGCUUGCUAUUGACGGAACCAUCAUCAUGAGUGAGAAUCUGCGUGAUGCGUUGGACAACAUGUUUGAUGCACGAGUGCCCAGUCUGUGGAGAAAGAUUUCCUGGGAGUCCUCAACACUAGGCUUCUGGUUCACAGAGUUACUGGAGAGGAACGAGCAGUUCUACGCCUGGGUGUUUGUUGGCCGGCCUGAUGUAUUCUGGAUGACGGGAUUCUUCAAUCCUCAAGGUUUCCUGACAGCUAUGAGGCAAGAAGUGACCCGAGCACACAAAGGCUGGGCCCUUGAUUCUGUUACUCUCCACAACGAUGUUUUACGACAGAACAAGGAGGAUAUCUCAUCAGCACCUCCAGAGGGUGUGUAUGUUUAUGGCCUUUUCCUGGACGGUGCAGCCUGGGACAGGAGGAACAGUCGUCUGUGUGAGUCCACACCCAAAGUACUGUUCACUGCCUUGCCAGUUGUCCAUAUGUUUGCUAUCAACUCUACUGCCCCCAAGGACCCACGCCUCUAUCAAUGUCCGGUUUACAAGAAACCCAACCGUACAGAUCUCACCUACAUCACUUUCGUUGUGCUCAAGACCAAUCAGAACCCGGACCACUGGAUCCUACGUGGAGUGGCAGCUCUGUGUGACAUCAAAUAGUUUCUGUUAAUAUCUCGGUGAUGUUAUAAACACAUUGACAUUUCUAACAUCACAGUUAACCUUAGGUAAUUAUACGAUCUGGCAGUAUAUAUGGAUGAAUCUGAUGUGUUCUCUAAAGAACCCUCUUGUAUUUAUAUCAUUGAGUCCAGUCGAAAAUAUUAUAACAAUCACUAAACUUUCUUUAAAUGUUGACAACAAACAAUAUUUUUGCAUGAUCAUCGGAAAAGUUCUAUCUAAUAUAUUUUUACAAAGUUUUAUGUAUUGCAUUUUUUUUUUAAUUCUAUAUUUUUAAUUUAUUAUGAGUAUUUAAUGUUGAAUAAACAUGUUCUGUUA